UGGGAUAUAUAGGCUGCUGCGUUGGCGCUGCGUGCAACAGAAUCAAGAGUUGUUCUGCAAGUUGAGAGAAAGUCAGCUGAUCGAGUUUCACACAGAGAUCCAUACAUUUAUUUUAUUUUUGUUGCUGGUGAUUUUCACUGAAGAGUGUGAGUGUGAGCAGUGAUGAUGGAGGAGUGUCUGAUGGAGCUGAUGGACGCUGUCUUUCUUGCCGUGUAGGGGACCAUGGUUAUGUUGAAGAUCUCUGCUUUCCUCGUUGCCUACGCCCUGGUCAUUUGCCAGAUGUACUGCUCACAAGCCGCCCCCGCCAGACCGGGUUUAGAGUCCAUGUCAGACCGAGUCACGCUCACGGACUAUGAGGCACGAAGGUUACUCAACGCCAUCGUCAAGGAGUUUGUGCAGAUGACGGCGGAGGAGCUGGAGCAGCAGGCGACUGAAGGAAACAGCAUGGACAGGCCUCUAACCAAGCGCUGCUCCAACCUCAGCACCUGCGUGUUGGGCAAACUGUCUCAGGAGCUGCACAAGUUGCAGACGUUCCCUCGCACAAACGUGGGAGCAGGAACACCCGGCAAGAAGCGCAGUGCGCCUGAGAGCGACAGCUAUGCAAGCUACGGCGAGACGUUUGACAGCAUCUAACCCCUCCUUCAUCCUCCCUCAGCUCCUCUUCCUCCUCCUCAUCCCUUCUUGUUUUUGGAUUUUGUGCCAGUGCAUGUUGAUUUGACCUGCUUGAUUGAGAAGAAUACGACCCUUACUUCCUUCCUCCUUCCUCCUCCUUGUUUGUCAGAGAAUGAUGUGUCCCUUUAAUUUCAGACAAUCAGAUUUAGUUUUCAUCAGGAGCCAGUUCAGACUUCCAUCUCUGUGUACUGUGCGUGGAGUCAUCAGAUGGCGUCUCAAAGCCCCUCAAGUUUAAGAAUAAAGCGACAUCACUUAGUAGAAACCAUUAAUAAAUGAUCCACUCAUGCGACACCAU